GCCUGCAGUUCUCUCCCUUGCAGCUGAGCAUAUGUCAAAUUUUCACUUUUCAUUCUUCAACCAACGUACGUACUUACAAGUACCGUGUAAUAAUUAAAUUAUGAAAUUGUAUAACAUUGACUGUAACGACUGAAGUAGAAACAGCUAGCAAAGAAAAAUAGUACGCGCGGUAGGAGUGAGGUUAGACUAUUUCGAAUAAUAACGAAUAUCUUGUCGAGUCGCGAGCAGUCGCGAAUAAAGCAGUUGCAACUCACGAGUCACAAUCAGCAGGGUUACACAUUAACAGUUAUGUUUUCGAAAAGUGUCAAGACAACGCUGUUGUGCGGCCCGAAAGACUUGAGUAAAUCUUUUAUGUUUGAGGCUGCGACGUAUUGGGCGGAGGAGGGACAACGGGUCGUUUACAUUACCCCGAUACCUCUAGAAAAACGACCGGCGGCUUGUCAUGACAGAAGAAAUCCAUCAGUCACCGCGCUCAAACUAAUGAGAUUCAUAUAUUUGUUGGAUUACGAAGCUCUCGUGGAACAACUUUUUAAACUGCACACCUAUGCAGCAGUACCUUCUGUGCUUUUGAUAGAUGACUUGGAUGAUUAUCUCUUGAGUGACAAAACUCCUGGAGAUGAUAAUUCAAGGUCGCGUAUCGCCAGAAUUUGCGCUUUGAUACUCCAUUCGAUGAAGUCGUGUUCACGAAUUUUAAAAAAGAAUGUACAUGUGUGCGUAUGGACCAGUUCUAGCCUCACCAAUAACUUUAUUCAGACAAUUUACUUUCGCAAUAUCUGGAAUUUAACGGAGAAGGAAGAUGGAAAAGUGAUUUUGGUGGAAAGGUGUUCCAUUAGAUCAUCGUUAGAACAAUCGUACAUAUAUCAUAAAUUCCAAGAUGGGAUGCGAGUUCUUCAACAAAUAUUAGGCGAUUCAGUGGAGGCUUAAUGAUAUUUUUACUAGGAAUGCGCCGGAUCGUAAAAUUACCGAUUAUCGGAUAUCUGGACAGAAUGUAUCAUCGAAUAUUCAAGAAGGCAAUUUCUUCGAGUCCGAUAUCCGACCGGAGAUUCCGAAAAAGUGUCUUCUAAAAAAAAUUCUA